UUGCUUGCAGUGUGUAAUCAAGCAUGUGGCGGACAACAAGCAAUGCCCUUAUAAGGAGUGUGGUGUUGAAGUAAACCCCGACAGCCAGGUGAUGAGGAUUCUUGAAGCUACACUGAAGGAGAUGUUCCGGGAGUACACCUGUGAAUACACACCACCUAUGUCAUUGAGUGGAGAUGUGGUCAAAGUCUCCAUCUUAACUGGUGAUGCAGUGGUCCUGCCUUACAGUGAAAAUCUCACAAUCCUUCAACUGAAAGACGCAGUCAAAGAGAGGUUCAAACACGAUCACAGCAAGCAAAAGCUUGUGUACAACGAAAAAGUACUAGAGGUUUAUGGCAGGUCGCAUAAAGAGAUGACACUUGGCGACUAUGGCAUAGGAGCAAAUGCCACAAUCCACUUGCUUGUCCUUCUGUUUGCAAUCCCAGAUGACCUGGACCAUGUCAUCUUUGACCUCCACUGGGGCUAUCCCGCCAGCGAUGGGGAAGACAACAGGGACUAUCUUGAUGCCUCAUGCUUUGCCUUCAAAAACAACAUCUAUGUCUCUGUUUGCGACUUCAUGAAUGAAUCAGAGCGGUCAUCUGCUAAAAAAACUCGUUUCAAUCUCAUGCGCCAUGUGAGAACAGAAGACGGUUGCAAGGCUGCCAUCAAGCACUCUGGUGACCAUAUGGAUGAUACUAAAAAACGUGGGCACCAUAAAAUUGAAGUUCACAUGAAGAAGAUCCCAGCAUCUGUGUCACAUCUUAUCUUCACCCUGAGCGCCUUCAAAGCCCCUUCUGUCUCCAAGUUUCCCAAUCCAACACUUCAGUUCUAUGAAGCCUCUAAUACUAAUGCUGAUCUUUGCUCUACAUCAUUUGACAAGCCUAUCCACAGCCGAGCUAUCAUCAUGUGCUAUGUGGUGAAAGAUGAAGCAGGGAAAUGGCAGAUCUACCAGUGUGGAGCGGAGUCGGAUGGGUGUGCUGCAGGGUAUCUCAAACUGGUGGCUACCAUCAAGAAACUCAUGAAAACAGGCGUCCUUUAGAAAAGUAUGCUGAAGACAACAAAUUUGUGGAUACAUUCCUGAAGCUGGAUGUCCCUUACUGAAGUCAUCAAAUCUGUGAAUCUGUACUGCUGCAUAUGUACAUAUUGAUUGGAUAUUAAUGAAGCACAACACACUGUUAGAGAUUUUUGGACGUGUAUUUCAAAAUGACUGGUUUGAUUCAUUGAUUGAAAGAAGUAGUGAACUGAGAAACAGGGCCCUUGGCACGAACAUUACACAAAUAGAAAAGUUGAUGUAAGCAAUACUCACUGAUUUAUUGACAUUAUAUGAAGAAGUCUAUGAGGUAUCAGCACCCAACCCACUCCUUGAUUCAUGUGAACAGUUAUUGUAAACCUAUGAAUCAAUCGCUCACUGAUUACAUUUGCUUGGCGUCUUCUCAUGCUGCUGAUCGGACAUUGGAAUAUCAACAUUGGGAUCCUCUGCUAUUCAUGGUGCAGUGCCUGGGUCAGUUCAUUCAGGAUUUGAACUAGUCUCUUGGUCCUACCUGGCAUCAGAACAUCUAUACAACAUGCUGACAAAAAGGAUUCCAUGGCUUGUAAUAAUUUCUCAGAACUGGAUUUUGAAUCAGGCAGUACUUAAUGCUCAUAUAUAUUAGUCAGUGUGCACUGCCCACAAUGUGGGAUGGAGAACUGGUUGCCGGUCUCCAGCAUGUGGUCAGUACUGCCCAUGACAUUUAGGCUGAAACACAAACUUCCGGUUGGACCCAGUAUUUACAUUUACUUCUGUGCCCCUCAGUGUACAAAAAACAUGUCCUCAUUGAUGGGUCCACUCAAGUAUCUUUAGUUAUUCAGGUUCAAAUGAUAUGACAUGCUUUAUAUUAUUAACUGUUUAUUUAAACAAGCUUUGCACCAUUGAUCACAGUUAUGAUCUUUUAGUCCCAAAUAGGCUGAAAAAGAACCAGUGCUCAGGUAGUGUUUAGGGACCUCUUCUCUUUUUCCUUAUUUUGUUUCCUUGUAUUUGCCUUCAAACGGAAUAAAAGCUCCAAUACUGUCA